GUCUCGGCGGAGGUGGUGGGCUUGUUGCUGGGUUACCGGGAUGUUCCACUCCGCGGUGGCCAUGCAUCCCGCCUGCCUCGGGCUGUACUGCGGCAGGACCGUCCUGUCUGUCAACGGCUCCGUGGAGACCUACGGGGACUGCGGGGUGUGCCCCAGAGGUCAAAGAACUGAUGAAAACAAAAUCUGCCGGGAAUGUAUGGGAUCCCCAGACCACUAUGACUGGCUCUACCUUGGCUUCAUGGCCUUGCUGCCCCUGGUUUUGCACUGGUUCUUUAUUGAAUGGUAUUCAGGAAAAAAGAGCUCCAGCGCCUUGUUGCAGCACGCCACCGCCCUGCUGGAGUGCAGCAUCGCAGCCAUCGUCACGCUGCUCAUCAGCGACCCCGUCGGCUCCCUCCGGAUCCGCUCCUGCAGGGUGAAGAAGCUGUCGGACUGGUACACGAUGCUUUACAACCCCAGCCCCGACUACAUCACCACGGUGCACUGCACACACGAAGCAGUCUACCCCCUAUACACCAUUGUGUUUAUAUAUUAUGCCUUCUGCCUGGUGUUGAUGAUGCUGCUGAGGCCUCUGCUGGUUAAGAAAAUUGCCUGUGGUUUGGGCAAGUCUGAUCGAUUUAGAAGCAUUUAUGCAGCACUCUACUUCUUCCCUAUCCUCACUGUGCUUCAGGCUGUUGGGGGUGGCUUGCUCUAUUAUGCCUUUCCUUACAUCAUACUGGUGCUCUCCUUGGUUACACUGGCUGUGUACAUGUCUGCUUCUGAAGUGGAGUCUUUCAAGGAUCUUCUUGUCAGGAAGAAAAGGCUUGUUGUCCUCUUCAGCCACUGGUUACUUCAUGCCUAUGGAAUCAUCUCCAUUUCCAAACUGGAUAAGCUUGAGCAGGACCUCCCCUUGCUUGCCCUGGUGCCUGCACCUGCCCUCUUCUACUUAAUGACAGCAAAGUACACAGAACCCUCACGGAUACUCUCAGAAGGUGGAAUUGGACAUUAAAAGAAGCCAGUGCCACCAACGCUGUCUUCAUGGCCUGAAUGAAGCAAUUUUUAGUGCUUGUCAGACAUUGGAAACUUCUGUUUUAAAAGAAGCCGUUGAUGCCCAAGCCUGCUCGGUGAAACACCUCUGCAUCAGACUGUAAAAAUCUGCACUUUGUAUUCUUCCUAAGUGUCUGUUACAGACACAGGGAAUGUCUUGUAUCUAUUUAUUACUGUGAACCUGCAUAAAAAACAUGUGACACGCUAGUACAGCAGUUUGCUUGUAUAGUUUAUUCCCUAACACAGUGUUUUAGGUGUUGUAUGAAUAGAACAAUAGAGCCUGGUUUUCAGUAGACUUUCAAAAGACAAAUAGAGCUUGAAUAUGCCAUAGAGCUGGGUUUUCUCAUUACCUACUCCACCUUCUGUUCCCCACCAGUGGAAACAGGCUUUCAUCUUCCAUCAAAAGCCAAAAAGAUGUUGAGCAUCUCAUUUAUUCCUCUUGAUGCUUUAGUCUGGCUGCUGGGGAGAAAGAAAGGAAAUGCAUUGUUAUCUAUAAUGUACAGUUUAUGCUCUCUGUACUUCCUGCAGAUGAUUAAACAGCAGUAGCUUUCCUACUCAA